AUGUCGUUGUCCAUCCAGCGUAUGCUGGCACUGCCAUGCCAUGUGCGCGCACAGGUCUUCAGGCGAGUGCUUGCUGCUCCAGCAGCAUCACUACGUCCCUUCUCGACGUCCAGGCCUGUCAAUCAAGAACCCACCAGCUCGGUCAACGAGACUGAAGUAUCCCACUUCAACGCCCUCGCAUCCUCAUGGUGGGACCCUCACGGCUCCAGCAGACUCCUCCAUCUCAUGAACCCGCUCCGGCACGACUUCAUAGCAAGAUGUAGAGCCACAACUACAAAGGACGCGAAAGAGAAGCUCCACUACCUCGACAUCGGCUGCGGCGGUGGCAUUUUCGCUGAGUCCGCCGCCCGCCGCUCACACACCGCCUCCGUAGCCGCCAUCGACCCUACACCCUCCGUCAUCGCCGUAGCCCGCAAACACCAACGACUCGAUCCACUCCUCCUCGAACCCGGCCGGCUCGAAUACAAACAGAUCCCGCUCGAACACCUACCCGUCCCCUCCUCACCCGAGCAAGGCUACGACAUCAUCACCCUCUUCGAAGUCCUCGAACACAUCCGUCGCCCCUCCGCGCUCCUCGCCUCUGCCCUCCCAUACCUCAAACCUGGCGGCUGGAUCAUUGGCUCCACGAUCGCAAGGACGAACAUCAGCUGGUUCACGACGAAGCUGAUGGCGGAAGAUGUGUUGGGGAUUGUGCCGAGAGGGACGCACGAGUGGGGACAGUAUAUCAUGCCGAACGAGCUGUUCCAGUGGGCGAAGAUCCAGAAGGAGUUGGAGGUGGAGCAGGACGGGAGAGGGUGGAUGGUGCAGGGGGUGAUGUAUGUGCCGGGACUGGGGUGGAAGGAGGUGGGAGGGAGCGAGGAGUGGGGAAAUUACUUCUUUGGGGUGAGGAGGAAGAUUGAGGGCGGUGGGUGA